AUGUCUAGGGAAAAUUCUCCAUAUAUUCAAAUUGAAAGAACACUCUUAAUUAUUAAGCCGGAUAUUAUUAAUUAUGCAGAUAAAAUAGAAGAGCUUAUCUUACAAAAAGGAUUCUUGAUAAUACAGAAAAGACGCGUUCAUUUGACACCAGAACAAGCAAGCGAAUUUUAUGCAGAACAUUACGGGAAAAUAUUUUAUGCAACAUUAAUUGCCUACAUUAGCAGUGGUCCGAUAGAAGUACUAGUCAUAGCUAGAGAAAAUGCUAUAUCUAUUCUCCGUGAAUUAAUUGGUCCACAAAAUGCAUUUAGAGCUAAGGCGACCGCACCUGCAAGUUUAAGAGCUAUUUAUGGUACAGAUGAUCAACAGAAUGGAAUACAUGGAAGCGACUCGUUUACAAGUGCUGAAAGAGAAAUCAGAUUCUUCUUCCCAGAUAUGAUCGUUGCACCGGUUCCCGUAAGACUUGCAGCAAAAGAUUAUUUAGUUCGGAAUGUAAACCCAACUUUACUAAAAGGUUUGACAGAACUGUGCAAACAAAAACCUAAGGAUCCAGUACUUUGGCUGGCCGACUGGCUGCUGGAAAAUAAUCCAAAUAAACCUCAUCCCAUCGAUAUGGUCACCUCUUGA